GAUGAUAGCGUUAUAUAUAAGAUGUGCACAGCUUCCUUAGCGUAGUACGUUUUGUAAAUUGUAGGACUUCGCUAGUGAUAUACACAAUAAAUACGAUGGGGAAAGUUCUGAUCCUUGUUCUUGCAUUAGUUGCCGUUGUAGCUGGACGUCCAGGCUACGGUGGUGGUGGCCACGGUAGUCAGGGCCGCGGUGGAUUCGGUGACUCAGGGUUUGGUGCAGGUCAAGGGGGUAACCAAGGCUUAGGAGGAAGCAGUCAUGGAAGUUUAAGUGGACACGAUUCCGGAUUUGGUGGGGGUCGUCAAGGAGGUGGUGGAGGAAAUGGAGGAUCUGGAGGCAGCCUCGGUGGCCUUGGUGGUCAUCAAGGUGGAUUCGGUGGUGGACACGAUGGACCUGGACAUCAAGGAAGCUUCGGAGGUGGCGAAGGACACGGCAUCGGGGGUGGACACGGCGGCGGACACGGUGGUGGACACGGUGGACCUGGACAUCAAGGAGGCUUCGGAGGCGGCGAAGGACACGGCAUCGGGGGUGGACACGGCGGCGGACACGGUGGUGGACACGGUGGACCUGGACAUCAAGGAGGCUUCGGAGGUGGCGAAGAACACGGCAUCGGGGGUGGACACGGCGGCGGAUACGGUGGUGGACAUGGUGGACAUUAUUAAUUUUUACGAGAUGUAACUUAACAGGAUUUAAUUAAAAUAAAUUUUACAAUUUAUGCA